CAGUUCUCACUCCUUGCCUCUUGCUCUUCUUUUGCUUUUCUUCUUCAAAUAUAGGAAGUGUAGUUCCCGUCUCUUUGUUAUUCCUCUCCAAUUUUUUAGAGAGCCAGUAUUUCAGUGCAGAUCGGUAGCAAUGGCGGAAACCGAGACGUUUGCAUUCCAGGCUGAGAUCAACCAGCUGUUGAGUCUGAUCAUCAACACUUUCUACAGCAACAAGGAGAUUUUUCUACGUGAAUUGAUCAGCAACUCGUCCGAUGCUCUGGACAAGAUUAGAUUUGAAAGCUUGACCGACAAGAGCAAGCUUGAUGCUCAACCCGAGCUCUUCAUCCAUAUUAUCCCCGACAAGACCAAUAACACCCUGUCUAUUAUUGACAGUGGUAUUGGUAUGACCAAGGCUGAUUUGGUGAACAAUCUUGGUACAAUUGCGAGGUCUGGAACCAAGGAAUUCAUGGAAGCCCUCGCUGCUGGUGCUGAUGUGAGUAUGAUUGGGCAGUUUGGUGUUGGUUUCUACUCUGCUUACUUGGUUGCUGAGAAGGUUGUUGUCACAACAAAGCACAAUGAUGAUGAGCAAUAUGUUUGGGAGUCCCAAGCUGGUGGUUCGUUCACUGUUACCAGAGAUACAUCGGGUGAAAACCUUGGCAGAGGUACUAAGAUCACUCUCUUCCUCAAAGAGGACCAGCUUGAGUACCUUGAGGAGCGCAGACUGAAGGAUUUAAUUAAGAAGCAUUCUGAAUUCAUCAGCUAUCCAAUCUCUCUUUGGGUUGAGAAGACCACAGAGAAGGAAAUCUCUGAUGAUGAGGAUGAGGAAGACAAGAAGGAUGAGGAAGGAAAGGUUGAGGACCUUGACGAAGACAAGGAGAAAGCCGAGAAGAAAAAGAAGAAGAUUAAGGAAGUGUCUCAUGAAUGGAACUUGGUGAACAAGCAGAAGCCUAUUUGGAUGAGGAAGCCUGAGGAGAUCAACAAGGAAGAAUAUGCUGCCUUCUACAAGAGCCUUACUAAUGACUGGGAAGAGCAUUUGGCUGUGAAACAUUUUUCAGUUGAGGGGCAACUUGAGUUCAAGGCUAUUCUCUUUGUUCCUAAGAGGGCACCUUUUGAUCUCUUUGAUACCAGGAAGAAGCCCAACAACAUUAAGCUCUAUGUUCGUCGUGUAUUUAUAAUGGACAACUGUGAGGAGUUGAUUCCAGAAUAUCUGGGCUUUAUUAAGGGUAUUGUGGACUCUGAGGAUUUGCCUCUCAACAUCUCUCGUGAAAUGUUGCAGCAGAACAAGAUCUUGAAGGUCAUCCGGAAGAAUUUGGUGAAGAAGUGCAUCGAGCUCUUCUUUGAAAUUGCUGAGAACAAGGAAGACUACAAUAAAUUUUAUGAGGCUUUCUCAAAGAACCUCAAGCUUGGUAUCCAUGAGGAUUCUCAAAACAAGUCAAAGAUUGCUGAGCUGCUGAGGUACCACUCCACCAAGAGUGGUGAUGAGAUGACCAGCUUGAAGGACUAUGUGACCAGGAUGAAGGAAGGCCAGAAUGACAUCUACUACAUUACUGGUGAGAGCAAGAAGGCUGUUGAGAACUCUCCCUUUCUUGAGAGGCUGAAGAAGAAGGGAUAUGAAGUCCUGUACAUGGUAGAUGCGAUUGAUGAGUAUGCUGUUGGUCAAUUGAAAGAGUUUGAGGGCAAAAAGCUUGUAUCUGCCACCAAGGAAGGUCUCAAGCUUGACGAGACUGAGGAUGAAAAGAAAAAGAAGGAAGAGUUGAAAGAAAAGUUUGAGGGCCUGUGCAAGGUGAUUAAGGAUGUGCUUGGUGACAAGGUUGAGAAGGUGGUUGUCUCUGAUCGAGUGGUUGACUCUCCAUGCUGUUUGGUGACAGGAGAAUAUGGUUGGACUGCUAACAUGGAAAGAAUCAUGAAGGCACAAGCUCUAAGGGAUUCCAGCAUGGCUGGGUACAUGUCCAGCAAGAAAACAAUGGAGAUCAAUCCUGAGAACCCCAUUAUGGAAGAGCUAAGGAAAAGGGCUGAUGCAGACAAGAAUGACAAAUCUGUGAAGGACUUGGUUAUGCUGCUAUUUGAGACUGCCUUGCUCACCUCUGGGUUCAGCCUUGACGAUCCCAACACCUUUGGCAACAGAAUUCACAGGAUGUUGAAACUUGGGCUGAGCAUUGAUGAAGAUGCUGGUGAAGCUGAUGUUGACAUGCCACCGUUGGAGGAUGCUGAUGCUGAUGCUGAGGGCAGCAAGAUGGAGGAAGUUGACUAGACAUCCGGUGCGUGUUCUUCUGGGUUUGAGUUGGAGAAUAUCAUAAUGUAACAGCUUUUGGAGUACUCAGAGCCUGGUGGUUCUCUCUGACAUGCAAGUAGGUUGGAUUGCCUUUUGGUAGCUAGUAUUGUUUUAAGUAUUUCCUGUGGCAAUACGGUGGUUUUAUACAAUUUACUUCUGCCUACUUUCUGCUUUGCAUGGCCUGACAUAACUUUGGCCAGUAUACAAACCAUUAAGCAGUCUUCUAUUCGGAGUUUGAUUGCUAGUAACUCAAUUCCCCUUCCCCUUCCCGUAUUUCUCCAACUAGAAAAAAUCGUGUGAGUUGUAACUGUCUACGAUGAUAAGUUGUUAUAUUCUGGUUCUCGUGGAGCAUUA